GGCGGGGUUUCAGGUAUCCCCUCAGCUCCCUGGCCCGCCUCCGGCCCAGCUGAAGGCCAAGCAGAGCGACCUUGGCUUGACAGAGGUCACCUGUGAUCACUUUCUGUCUGUCCCGGUGGGGAGCAUGAAGUUCAGGGAUGAAAGGUGCCAAGUCCCUGGCUACCUUCUGGCCAGUCGCUGAGAAGCUGUGGCGGGAAGCAGCCAUGGAGCAGCUGAGCGCUUCCGGGGGGCCUUUCUCAGCUAAACCUGCCUCCUUCCAGGAAGCUGUGCGCACACUCAAUACCCUGCAGACCAAUGCCAACUACCUGGAGCAGGCGAAGCGCCAGCGGGGUGACCCCCAGACACAGCUGGAAGCCAUGAAGCUGUACUUGGCACAGAGUGGGCUGCAGGUGGAAGACUUGGACCAGCUGAACAUCAUCCAUGUCACUGGGACGAAGGGAAAGGGCUCCACCUGUGCCUUCACUGAACGCAUCCUCCGGAGCUACGGCCUGAAGACAGGAUUCUUUAGCUCUCCCCACCUGGUGCAGGUACGCGAGCGGAUCCGGAUCAACGGGCAGCCCAUUAGCCCCGAGCUCUUCACCAAGCACUUCUGGCGCCUCUAUCAUCGCCUGGAGGAGACCAAGGACAGCAACAGCUGCGUCUCCAUGCCCGGAUACUUCCGCUUCCUCACGCUUCUGGCCUUCCAUGUCUUCCUCCAAGAGAAGGUGGACCUGGCAGUGGUGGAAGUGGGUAUCGGUGGGGCUUAUGACUGCACUAACAUCGUCAGGAAGCCUGUGGUAUGUGGAGUCUCCUCUCUCGGCAUCGACCACACCAGCCUUCUGGGGGACACGAUGGAGAAGAUCGCAUGGCAGAAAGGGGGCAUCUUCAAGCGUGGCGUCCCCGCCUUCACUGUGCCGCAGGCGGACGGCCCCCUGGCAGUGCUGAAGGAGCGGGCCGAGCAGAUCGCAUGUCCCCUGUACCUGUGCCCACCGCUGGAAGCCCUGGAGGAAGGGGGGCCGCCGCUGGCCCUGGGCCUGGAGGGAGAGCACCAGCGGUCCAAUGCCGCCCUGGCCUUGCAGCUGGCCCGCUGCUGGCUGCAGCAAAAGGACCACCAAGGCAUCGGGGAGCUGAAAGCGUCCAGGCCAAGCCCCCUGUGUCAGCUGCCUCUGGCGCCUGUGUUCCAGCCCACAUCCCCCAUGCGGCUCGGUCUUCAGGGCACAGAGUGGCUGGGCCGGUCACAGAUACUGCGGCGUGGGCCCCUCACCUGGUACCUGGACGGUGCGCACACCUCUAGCAGCGUGCAAGCCUGUGUGCGCUGGUUCAGACAGGCGCUGCACCGCCUGGAGAGGCCCAGCAGGGGGCCUGAAGUUUGCGUCUUGCUCUUCAACUCUACUGGGGACCGGGAUGCCGCCACCCUGCUGAAGCUGCUGCAGCCCUGCCAGUUCGACUAUGCUGUUUUCUGCCCUAACCUGGCAGAGGUGUCGUCCACGGAUAACGCAGACCAGCAGAACUUCAUGGUGACCCUGGACCAGGUGCUGCUCCGCUGCCUGGAGCACCAGCGGCAUUGGAGCCGCCUGCACGAGGGCCAGUCCGGCCCCGACGUCUGGAGCGCCCCGAGGCUGGAGCCUGCAGGGCUGGCACCCUGCCCGCUCCAUGCCCACAGCACCAGCUCCCUGGUCUUCAGCUGCAUCUCCCACGCUUUGCAGUGGAUCAGCCAGGGCCGGGACCCUGUGUUUCAGACACCGAGCCCCGCCCAGGGCCUUCUCGCCCACCCCGUGGCAGACAGCGGGGCCAGGGUACUCCGAGAGGCUGCUGCCAUCCACGUACUGGUCACAGGAAGCCUGCACCUGGUGGGCGGUGUCCUGAAGCUGCUGGAGCCCUCCCUGUCCGUAUAGCUGCUGGCAGUGGGGUGGGGUGGGGCCAUGCUGUCCCUGCAUCUCCUCGGGAACUCCUGUAUUAGGUGCCUUUUGUUCUGCUUUCCUGAUUCUGCCCAGACUGCCCCAGGGACCUGGGCUCUGGGCAGCAGAGGAGAUGGCUGGUGGGUGGGAGGCUGAGAUCAGACAUGCUGUCUCUGAGACUGUGGGGCCCUUAGCCUCGCCUUCCUCUCUCCUGAGGCAGCCAGGGGGCUCCCCAGUUCUCUUGUGCGGGUAGUUCUGUCUUCAUCCCACCCAGACUGCUUCCUGGCAGGCCUAGGGUCCUGCCUGGUGCAGGUCCACAGAUUUCUUCUUCUCAGUGGCCUUCUGGAAAAGGAAGGGUGCCUGCCUGAGGCCCCCUGGGGACAGAGUGUGGCUGGAUUUAAAACAAAGUCUUAAUCUAGCCCUGGCUGGUAUGGCUCAGUGGAUUGAGCACCAGCCUACAAACCAAAGGGUUGCCGGUUCAAUUCCCAGUUAGGGCACCUGCCUGUGUUGCAGGCCAGCUCCCCAGUAGGGGGCGCAUAAGAGGCAACUACACAUUGAUGUUUCUAUACCGCUUUCCCUCCCCCUCUAAAAAAUAAAAUCUUUUUUUAAAUUGUCUUAAAAAAAAAAAGCAAAAUGUUUGAUUUAACCCUUGACCUCCAGCUCCCUUU